UGGGUUAUUGGGAGCAAAGAAAGAGAAGCAAGGCAUGGAAGCAAGUGUGCAUUCCAGAGAAGAGGAUUCAGAUGAACCAAGACUCAAAACAGGGAUGGAAGUAAAGAGGAUCUUUUUUUCUAGUCAGGAAGAAGAUUCUGUUAAAUCAACACUCAAAACAAAAAAAAUAUACAAGAGAAGUUACAAGAGAUGCUCAAGUUUUAGUGAAGAAGAGCAUUCAGGUGAAUCAAGACUCAAAACCAAGAGAUACAAAAAGAGAAAGAAAGAUAUAAAGACUUACACAAGAUGUAAAAAAUCUUCUAUCUCUAGUUCAGUUGAGAAGAGUGGUUCUCUGGUUGUAGCUGAUGUUCCAAAUGUAGAUGGGUGCAAGAAGUACCACCAAAAGAGAAACUACUGCAUGUACUGCGGGAAACCGCAAACAAAAAUUGCACGCCACCUGGAACGUAAACAUGGGGAUAAAAAGGAAGUUGCUCGUGCAGUGAUGUAUCCACCGAACUCUAAAGAAAGGAGAAAUCUGCUGGAUCUCCUUCGCAAGCAAGGAAAUAGGGCACACAACAUUGAGGCACUCACAAAAGGAGAAGGGACACUGGUACCUUGUAAACAGCAAAGUGAUGGCAAGAGCAAUCCAAAGGACUAUCAGCAUUGUUUUGCAUGCUUUGGGUACUUCAAGCGCAAAUCGCUGUGGAAGCAUGCAAAACGGUGCACACUUGCUCAAAAUGUUCGCAGAACAUUACCCGGAAAAACAAGAAUACAAACACUCUGUGCUUCUGCUCAGCCUGUACCUCAAGAUGUUCACACGAAGGUAUGGGCCCUUGUGAAUGGCAUGACUCAAGACGAAAUUGCCCAUGCAGUAAAAGAAGACAUCUAUAUCAUGAAGGUAGGAGAGAAGAUGUAUAACCGCCAACGUGAAACUGCCUCUCAGCAUGACAAUGUUCGUCAAAUUAUGCGAGGACUGGGUAGACUCUUGAUCAUAGGAAGGACGGUGACCCCUCUGAAAACAAUAGAGGAAUAUAUUGAUCCACAACACUUUCACCAUGUGAUUCGAGCUGUAAAAGAAGUAGCUGGCUUUGAUGAAAAGAGGAACAAGUUUGGGAAACCCACUCUAGCCACAAAGCUAGGGCAAAGCAUCCAGAGAGUUGCCGAUAUCAUGGAGGCUGAAGCUCUUUCAUCUCAGAACAAUGAAAAGAAGCAGGUUGUCCAAGAGUUUAGGCGCUUGUACAGUCUUACCUGGAAUGAAAUGAUCUCUUCUGCUGCGUACCGUACACUUGAGGAGAAGAAAUGGAACAAACCCAAGCUCAUUCCAUUGGCAGAGGAUGUGAAAAAAAUGCAUAUGUACAUGACUGACAAACAGAAGCAAUACUACAAGCAGUUGUUGGUUGAGAAAAUCCCGAAGAAUUGGAGCAAUCUUGCUAAAGUAAUAUUGGCACAGAUAAUCCUUUUCAACCGAAGGCGGGAAGGCGAGGUCUCAAAGAUGCGUUUGGAAGCAUUUCUCACCAGGGACAACUCCCCACUUAAUGAAGAUAUUGGUGAAGCACUGACGGCAUUGGAGAAGAGGCUCUGCCAGCAUUUUGAACGUGUGGAAAUUCGAGGGAAGCGUGGCAGAAAGGUGCCUGUCAUCCUUACUCCAGUAAUGGUGCAAUCUCUGGAGCUAAUGGUGGAGGAGAGAAGCUCAUGUGGAAUAGGUGAAAACAUCUAUUUAUUUGCAAGACCAGGUUUUGAAACAAGGCUUCGGGGGUCUGACUGCAUCCGUGAGUUGGCCAGAAAGUGUGGGGCUGAAAAACCUGAAGCUCUGUCAUCAACAAAACUAAGAAAACAAGUGGCCACUCUAUCAAGAGUACUCAAUCUUAAUGACACCGAACAAGAUCUUUUGGCAGACUUUUUGGGGCAUGACAUAAGGGUACACAGGAAGUUCUAUCGCCUACCCGAAGGGACUUUGCAGUUAGCUAAGAUCAGUAAGGUAUUGAUGGCCUGCGAACAGGGCAGACUGGCAGAAUUCAAGGGGAAAAGUCUGGACCAAAUCUCGAUCAGCCCAAAUGACCGAUAUGAAGUUGUGGAAAAAAGCUCAGGGGAGUCAUCUGAAGAUGAAGGUCCAGCGGCUCCACCAGGAGAGGAACCUGUGACUCGAGGCGAACAGGGCACUUCAGAGCAGCAGCCUGUAGAGGAGCAAAGCUCGGGAGGAGUGGAACCUGUGACUCGAGAUAAGAAAGGCACUUCAAAACAGCAGCUUGGACAGAAACGAGGCUCGGGAGGUGCUAGAAAGGUAAAACGAAUGUGGUCAACAGAGGAGGUGAAAGCAGUUGAAAAGUCUCUGAUGGAGUUCAUUCGUAUUGGCAAGACACCUGGAAAACAAGCCUGUGAGAAGUGCAUCGCUGCUUCCCCUGAAGCCCUCGCUGACAGGGACUGGAAAGCGGUCAAGUUCUAUGUUUACAACAGAAUUAUUUCAGAUCAGAGACUGUAGACAUGGACCAAGCUUAUAAAGGUAGGCCUACACCUUCCACAUCAUGACAGGAGGCCUUCUGUUUCUAUAGGAUACAUGAGGUGUAUCUAUUAUAUGUUGGCUGUACACAUAGUGAGGCUGAAACUGUUCAUCUGUUGUAAAAACUAAAAAAAGUUACAUGUAAUCAUUGUUAAAGGGUUUGAUUAAAGGACCCCAAAGGUUAAGGAGCCUUUCACUUAUAAUGCAAUGCAAUACAAUGCAACAACUUCCUGGUUCGUCUUUUUUACUGCGGUGAACCUUUUGGAUAUGUAGGUGUUCUGUCUGAGAAGACACUGUUGUAUUUAAGUCACACCUGUUCAUUAAAGGAGACCUGUUAUACUCA